AUGGCUCUCACUUUCCUCUCCUACGAAGAUCUCAGAAGAACUGGAGUCCUCUCUUCAGAAGCCACAGCUCUACAGUACUGCCUCGAUGUGGAACUCCUACGUCCUAACCAUUUCUGUCCAGAGUGCCACACCUACAUGGAGCUACGAUCCUGCGCCUCCACAAAGUACAGCGAUGGCUACUGUUGGUCCUGUCCUGGCGGUCAGCACCACCUCUCUGUCAGAGCAGGAAGUGUCCUCUACAACCGCAACAUUACCUUUAUCAACUUCCUCCACCUACUUUGGAUCUUCGUCAACGGUACCAGCGUUGCUGAUGCAGCCAGAAUCCUGUCGAUGAACGAGAAAACAGUGCGAUCCCUUUACAAAGCUAUUCGACAGUGUAUGGUGGAGGACCUUCUGGAGAACGGAGCAACGAGGAAGAUUGGAGGACGCGGGCACAUCGUGGAGAUCGACGAGUCGAAGUUCGGCAAACGGAAGUACCACCGUGGACGACGAGUGAUCGGGAAGUGGAUCGUUGGAGGCUACUGCAGAACUACCGGCGAAUGCUUCUUGGUGGAGUGCACAGACAACAAACGGAACCACCACACUCUUCUUCGUCUAAUCAAGCAACACGUCGCUCCUGGGACCAUCAUCCUUACCGACAAGUGGAAGGGGUACAACGCCCUCCGACACCACGGCUACACCCACUUGGUCGUAAACCACAGCAGAGGCUUCGUCGACCCCGUCACCGGUGUUCAUACGAAUACAUGUGAGGGCAUGUGGUUUCACGCCAAGAGGCACAUGCUACGAGGACACGGCAGGACGCGAAGAGACACCUCAGCCCUCUACAUCGCCCUCGCUGAAUUCAUCUGGCUGAGAAGGAACCACCUGACCCGCUCCGGCCCUUCCGUCAGAAGAUAUUUUAACCAGGAGCUCCCGCAGUUGAUGCGUAGAAUUUUUGAUUAG